AUGUCGAAAUUUGAGGGUGUUAUUGUAUCUGAUCAAUUGCUUCAUAGCCAGUUUACGCAAGUUGAACUUCGUAGCCUCAAAUCAAAAUUUGUGUCUUUCAAAAAUCAGAAUGGGAAGGUUACGUUUGGAGAUUUAUCAUCUUUGAUGAUGAAGCUAAAGGCAUUUGUAGAUAUGUAUAGUGAAGAUGAGAUUAGAGGGAUCUUGAAUGAAUCUGGUAAUGAUUUUGCCAAUGAUGUUGAUUUCGAAGGCUUCUUGAAGGCAUAUUUGAAUUUGAGAAGCGGAGCUACAACGAAACAAGGUGGAAAGAAGCAUUCCUCGUCAUUCCUUAAGGACACCGUAACUACCCUUCUUCACACGAUUAGCCAAUCAGAAAAAGCGUGUUAUGUUGCUCACAUAAACAGCUACCUCGGCGAUGAUCCAUUUUUGAGUCAAUAUCUUCCUUUGGAUCCGGCUACGAAUGGUUUAUUUGAUCUUUCAAAAGAUGGCAUUCUUCUGUGUAAGCUUAUUAAUGUUGCUGUGCCCGGGACUAUAGACGAGCGAGCCAUCAAUACGAAACGAAAUCUUACUCUUUGGGAGAGAAAUGAGAACCAUACUCUAUGCUUAAAUUCGGCUAAGGCUAUUGGCUGCACCGUAGUUAAUAUUGGCACACAGGACUUGGUUGAAGGAAGACCUCAUCUUGUUCUAGGAUUGAUUUCCCAAAUCAUAAAGAUUCAACUUUUGGCCGAUCUCAGCCUUAAGAAAACGCCUCAACUUGUGGAACUGGUUGACGAUAGCCAAGACAUUGAAGAGCUUCUUAAUUUGUCUCCUGAAAAAGUUCUAUUAAAAUGGAUGAAUUUUCAUCUCCAGAGAGGAGGUUACGAGAAAACCGUAAAGAAUUUUUCUUCUGAUUUGAAGAAUGGAGAGGCUUAUGCGUAUCUUCUUAAUGUCCUUGCUCCCGAACAUUGCAAUCCAUCCACCUUAGAUACUAAAGAUGCCAAUGAAAGAGCAAAUCUUGUGCUUGAGCAUGCAGAGAAAGUGGGCUGCAAAAGAUACCUAAACUCGAGAGAUAUUACCGAGGGUACCUCGAAUCUUAAUCUCGCAUUUGUCGCACAAUUAUUUCAUCACAGGAGUGGCCUAUCGACAGAUACUAAAAAGAUGUCGUAUGCUGAGAUGAUGACAGAAGAUGUGCAAACAUGUAGAGAAGAGAGAUGCUUUAGAAUGUGGAUCAAUAGUCUUGGAAUUUCUACUCGUGUAAAUAAUCUAUUUGAGGAUGUUAGAAACGGAUGGAUACUUCUAGAAGUGCUAGACAAGAUUUUUCCAGGAUCAGUUAACUGGAAACAGGCGACAAGACCUCCAAUAAGAAUGCCAUUCAGAAAAGUCGAGAACUGCAAUCAGGUCAUAAAAGUCAGUAAACAACUGAAAUUCUCUCUGGUCAAUGUAGCUGGAAAUGACAUUGUGCAAGGAAAUAAGAAGCUAAUUCUUGCUUUAUUGUGGCAGUUGAUGAGAUUCACAAUGCUUCAACUGUUGAAAAAUUUGCGAUCUCAUUCCCAAGGAAAGGAGAUCAGUGAUACUGAUAUCUUGAAAUGGGCCAACAAAAAAGUGAACAGCGUUGGCAGAAAGUCUCAUAUUCAGAGUUUCAAGGAUAAAAGCAUAUCAAGCGGAUUAUUUUUCCUAGAACUUCUGAGUGCUGUAGAGCCAAGGGUUGUCAAUUGGAACCUAGUCACCAAGGGUGAAAGCGAUGAUGAAAAGAGGUUGAAUGCCACGUAUAUAAUCAGUGUCGCUCGAAAGCUCGGUUGUUCCAUAUAUUUGCUACCCGAGGAUAUCAUGGAGGUUAAUCAGAAGAUGAUUCUGACUCUAGCAGCCAGUAUAAUGUACUGGAGUCUCCAACAACAGACCGAAGACGCAGAUUCAUUUCCUUCGCCUGUCAGCACUGUCACUGACGUAACACCGGAAGCUUCCCCUGCCCCUUCCGUCUGCGGUGACGAUGAAACAUAUUCCUCCCUUAAUGGUGAUUUCUCCAACUUGAGUGUUGACGAUACCACUUCCGAUACAACAGUCUCUUCACAGCUCGAGUUUGAUGGCGGAGUUGUCGAAGACGAGUUAUUUUGA